AACGUUAAUGAGACGGAUCCGGUGCGGUGAGCUGCCAGGACCUGGCUGGGAUCAUUAGGGAGGUGGGGGGGGGUUAAUUAGCGCCUUAAUUAGCACUAAGUCAUUAAGAUGGAUCCACUCAGAGCUCGGGGAGGGGGAGAAAGCGGAGCUGGCAAGCUCAUUAAGGGGUAAUUAAGAUGGACAACCGGGCCUUCGAGAUGCAACCUGAGGGCGCCGCCAGGUCCUGGAAGGGCAAAGAUGGGCCGCAAAGAGAGGCCCCCCAAAGCAACGGAACCCUCCGGAAGCUGUUUGCGCUUUGCCUUCUGGCCGGCGUGAUGAGCACAGCUCUGAGCGUGGCCAGUUUGGCCCUGGUGUACAGCAAGGCGGGCGGCCUCGUUAGGGAAAUGAGCGCUAACGAGGGAGGGGUUGUUAACGAGGAAGGAGUUAACGAGGAGGGAGGAGGCGGCGGAGGCGCCCGGUUUCGCUUCUUCUAUCGGUUGAGUCGGACGGAGCCCCAAAAAUACCCCGGCGGCCAAAUCCAAUGGGCGACCUCGAGAUCCAAGCGGGACCUUUACCCCGACCCCGAAGGGCUGCAAUUCGGGGAGAGCCUCCGGCAGCACCAAUCCCACAUGAGCGUGGCCUUGCUUCGGAUCAAAGCCGGCGGCCUCCGCGUCCCCCACUGGCACUUCAACGCCGCCGAGCACGGCUACGUGCUGCAAGGCACGGCGUGGGUCGGCGUGGCGAGCGGCGCCAACGCCACGACCUACAACGCCACCGUGGGGCAGGCGGUGUUCUUCCCCCCCGGCGCCGUCCAUUGGCUUAAGAACGUCGGCGGGGGGGAGUUGGCGGUGGUCCUCUUCUUCGGGAGCCACGAGGAGGUGAAGACUUUGGACGUGGACGAGGCUUUCUUCGGCACGGCGGAGGAUAUCGCGGCUCGGGCGCUUCAGCCGAGCGGAGGGCUGGAGUUCAUCAGAAGCUUCCGGAAGGCGUCGGAGGACCAAAGGGUGAACCUCCCCCCCAAUUUGGCCCAGUUGGUGCACAGCGCGGCCUACGGGCGCUCGGAAGACAGCCGGGUGUGGCGCUACUUCUACGACCUGGCGGCCUCUCCUCUCCACCCUUUCCGGGGCGGUUCCUUUCGCUGGGCUCCUUAUCGCCCUUCCAGGACCUUCAUGAGCCCCAUGGAACGCAUUUACACCCAAUCCCUGGACGAGAGCUCCGCCCCCCUGACGUUGGCUCUCCUCCGCAUCCACCCUAACGAGCUGGGCCAGCCUCAUUUGCAUGGCAACGCUAACGAGCUCGCCUACGUCGUUAGCGGCCGAGGCCGGGCCGGCCUGGUGACGGAGAAGGGGUUGAAGGUGGAGAUGGAGGUCGGGGUCGGAGAUGUGGUGUUUUUCCCUGCCGGGACCCAACAUUAUUUGGAAGCCGGAGGCGAUGAGGGACUGCUGCUGGUCGUGGCCUACAGCACCGGCAAGAAGGAGCUGAAGACCCUUCGGAUGAACCAAUACUUCAAGGCCACGGCGGAUCAUAUCCUGGCCCAGCUCUUCCGGAAGGAACAACGGGAGUUCCAGAGGUUCCCCCGCUCUUAAUUAGCGGGGUUAAUUAGCGAAAGGGUGGCGGGAAUAAAGGAGUUUUUCAUGGGC